GUAUUUGUCGACAUUCAGAAUGAUUUUGGAGCUAAUUUGCUUUGGAAUUUUCGUUUUUUUAUUGAUCGAUCACUUGUUUUUAAAGGACAAUACUAAACUUCCACCAGGUCCACGUCCAUGGCCAAUUAUAGGAAACCCAAGCUUGCUUUUCUGUACAAAUAUGUAUUUACAUUUGACAGAGUUGGGCAAGACGUACGGUAAUGUGAUGACUGUAUACAUGGGUCGCAAGCCAAUGGUUGUUUUAAGUGGACCUGUCAUCAAAGAAGCCCUUGCACACCAAUCCAUUGAAUUCGCAAGUCGACCACCAAGAGCAGAAACGUUUAGAUUUGAUGAAUCACAAGCACCUUCGUUGUUUUUCAUGGAAUACGGACCAGCAUGGAGACUGUUUCGUAAACUAGGCCAUCAAAGCAUCAAGGUCUAUGGGCAAGAACGUCUACAGGAGGUCAUGGACGUAGAAAUGGACGACCUUUGCAAACGCCUUGAGAGAUUCGAAGGGAAGCCUUGCGAUGUCAAUAAAGAAUUUGCCAUGUCAGUGAUGAAUGUCAUAUGCAAUCAACUCUUUGGUAGUAGGUAUGAUAUCGAGGAUCCAGAGUUUCUUGAGAUUUAUAGAGUGCAUGACCUCAUCAUUCAUAGCCCUGUGAGACGCUCUAUUCUAGAGUUCAUUCCAUUUUUAAAGGAGUUUGUACCAGGAUCCAAACUUCCCGAGAAAGAGCUUCGUGAUGCAGGCGACUGGAGAGAUAACUUGAUGAGUCGUAAAUAUAGGGAGCAUCUUGAAACUUUUGACGAGGAUAAUAUCCGUGACUAUACCGACGCUCUUCUGAAGGCAAAACUGGAUGCUGAACGAGAAGACUUAUCAUCCAAAGAAYACUUGACUGAACCAGCUAUAAUACGAGCUGGCUUGGCUACGGUGUUUCUGGCGGGGUCAGAAACAACAGCCUCUACGUUAGGUUGGGCCGUGAGGUACCUACUGCACAACCCCGAUGUCCAAGACAGUCUACAUCAAGAACUUGAUCAGGUUUUUGGUCCAGAUGAAAUUCCUAAAUUAGACAGCAAGAAUUCGUUACCACUACUGGAAGCUUUCAUGACCGAAACGCUGAGAAUGUCCUCUAUUCUUCCAUUGAGCGUACUACGCCGUACGACAGCUGAUACCACAUUAAACGGAUAUAAAAUCCCUAAGGGAACAAUUAUUGUACCCAACCUAUGGUCUUUGCAUCACGAUCCCACAAUCUGGGUCAAUCCAUUCAAAUUCCACUUGGAAAGGUACCUUAAUGAUGAAGGAAAGUUUGUGAACCCUCCGACUGGAACAUUCUAUCCAUUUAGCGCCGGCCGCCGUGUUUGUAUGGGAGAAGUAUUUGCGAGGUCUGAGUUGUUUCUUUUCCUUGCUGGAAUUCUCAAAAAGUUCAGGUUUGAAAAUCCCCCGAAUGCCGAGCUUCCGUCUCUUGAUGGAGGAGAGGGCCUGGUGAUGAGUUCCAAGCCUUUUCAAGUUUGUGUCAUAAAAAGAGAGGAGUGAGAUUAGUAGCUGCCUGGUAGCAUGUAACAAUGUAAGAACUGAUAUAAGUGUAAGCAUACAACUCUGGAUGAGUUGCUUGUGACUGUGGGAUUUACUCAGUUACUGUAACAGAGCCGGAACUUUGAUCAAAAUGUAGGUUUUAUUGGUGAAACACCAAAAGCUUCAAUUUUCUUGGCAACUUUCAACUCUAAGCGCUAUACAAUGUUAAUCUACCUUUUAUAGUACAUAUGUUAUUACAAUGCAUACAUGACAAUCUUGACAGGUUAUAUUGAAAUAUGUGGUUUCUUCUGUAUGUACCGGAGUACAGAUGACGUAAUUCAAUAGAAACAGAAGGUUAAAACAAAGAAGCAGAAUCUAAACAAUACCCCGAAAUACAAUGAAACCUAACCAGAAUACAAUAGAUUCCGGUACUCACAGAAAGGCCCACAUAUGUUUGGUUUAGGCAUGCAUUUUGACGGACUUAUACUAAUAGCUUGUUUAAGUGAGACAGAGUCCAAAAAUAAUAAAAGUAAUAAUAAUAAACUUUAUUAAUCACAUCCUUAAGAAAGGUUUUUCAGAGAUUAUUUACAAAUAAAGAAGAAAAAUAUACAUAUAAAUAUAUUAAAGAUAGAUUAAAAUUGUAUAUACAUUGUACAAUUAUUUACAACAGGGACUCUUGGAAAUCUUUUAAAAGAUUGGYUUUGAGGUGUUGUUUAAAAUGUUUGAUGUUGGGUUCUUGUUUUAAUGAAGGGCUUAGAUUGUUCCAAAUUUUUGUGCCUCUCUAUGUAAAAGUUCUUUGACCUGCGGCCGUUUUGAAUAGUGGGAUCUGAGGUAUACCCUGAGGUAGAUCUAGGUUGAAUUCAAGAAUAAAAGACAGAAGGUAUAGCUUUAA